AUGGACCCGUUCAAGAAAGAAGUGAACGAAGACAACGUGUCAGAGAACGAUCAGACAGAAGACAAGUUAUCCAUGGCCAAUUCUAUUCUAGACUUCAACACUAUGUGUUCAGCACCAUUCCCAGCAUUUGGAACAUACCCAUUUGCUUCUUUUGGAUCACCUACAGGUCUUGGGACUUAUAACACAAACGUCUUCAACUACUUUUCAAGUCCUACCUCAUUUAAUGCGAGUCCUAUUCCGUCAACAAGUUCUGCCAAUAUUCAGGGAAGCAUAAGGUAAGUUAAAAAAAAUUUUUUUUAAAUUUAAAACCGUUUUCAAAUUUAAAAAACUUUUUUUUUAAAUAAGGUUUUUUGCUUACCAAAACAUUUUUUUCAAAGAUAGUAAUGCAUAAUAAUGCUUUCAGUGACUCAAGAAGAAACAGACGAGAACGAACAACUUAUAACCGAAAUCAACUUGACAUUCUGGAAAAUCACUUUCUACGGACCUCACAGUACCCUGAUGCCUUUCAACGUGAAAGCCUAGCACAACACGUGAAUUUGCCGGAGAGUCGGAUACAGGUAAAAGAAGAACUUAUAUUACAUUUUUAAUCCACUCACACCUCUAAUAACAUACUUUUUAAUUAUUUGUCCUCAUUUUUAUUUUAAAAAAUUUAAAAUUCAAAUUUAAAUUUCUUAAAAUUCCAAAAUUUCCAGGUCUGGUUCAAAAACCGUCGAGCAAAGUAUCGCCAGCAACAAAAGCAGAAAGAGAUGCUUCAGAAGACAAUAGCGGCCAGACGAAACAAAGUUUUAACCUCAUCGCCAGCGAUAACUCAGCCAGGCCCUUUCCCCAACGACUCCACUGAUACCAAUACCUCACCUUCUGCUUCAGCGUGUUCAUCGAAUAGUGAAACAGACAAAGACAUUAAACUGGAACAGAAGCCGUUCCUUGAGGACGCUGAAAAACUGACACUUUUCAACUCGAGUCCUAUGGAUACGGUAACUGGGACGAAUUGGUUUUGUCCCAAUCCGAGUAACGUUACAGGUAUGGUUAGAGGCUUUAGAAGUACAUAGAGCUAUAUGAAUAUAGUUAUUGCAAUAUAAGGAUAUAAUUAUAAAAUGGUACAAAGUUAAGAUAAAAGAUAGUAAUAUCUUGGUCAAAAAAUACAUAGAACGAAUUUGCAUUACUCUGCGCAUAAGCUUGAUCUCCCUUUCUAUAUAAUUUUAGACCAGUAUCAAGCAAAAAGUAAUAUUUAUAGCGCGUGCAAUAGACAAAGCCAUGUUGCAGGUAGUUUCAUAGACAAUGAGAUAUUAAAUAUAGAUAACUGGUUGCGUGGAAUCUCUUAUUCACAAUUGGACUCACUCACUCUCGGCCUCGAAUCACGCGAAGCCGAGAGGAUGCAGCAAACACUUAGAUACAUACACUUUGUACAUGGCCAUACACUUUAAGAUAGCUCUACACUUUGAGAUUUAGAUAUGUGUUGAGGUAGACAUACACCGUGAUAUAGCCAUACACUUUGAUGUAGCCAUACGGCUGACUUUGGGCAUUAAAAAGUGAAAUAAGGGAUUAGGCCUCACCUUUCGGGGCCUGUGUGUGAUGGGAUUUGCUGACGCCAACAAGGACAAGGGAGGGAUUUACAGAGUAGUUGGAUUUGGACAAAAUGGGAUGGCACUUAAAACACUUUUUACAUUACACUUUUCAGGCUGGGUGAACCCCUACGGCUAUUCUGGUCAAGGAUUUGGGCUGUAUAACGCGUACAAUCCGACUAAUAACGUUUUAUCCGACGCCGUUCCACGCUACCCUCCUAAUCAGCCCUACUACGAAGCCGAUCCAGAUUAUAAUCAGGACUAG